AUGGGGAAUCAAGAUGGGAAGCUAAAGAAAAAUACAGGUGAUGUGCAUGAAGGAGGAGAGGAUGUCUCUGGGCCCAAGGAUACAGAUGGCACAAAGAAGGUAGCAGGAAGCAGAAGGGGACUGGGGAAGCAUUCAAAAGGAAGCGAAUCUGGCAAAAAGAAGGGUAAGUCUGACUCAAGGGCCUCAGUGUUUUCAAAUUUAAGAAUCAGAAAAAAUCUGUCCAAGGCUAAAGAUGGGAAUAGUAGUUCGAGGGAGGAUGUUUUGGAAAGCCAGGCCUUGCCGACGGGGGAGCUGGACAGUACUCACUCAAUUGUUACCAAAACUCCAGAUAUAAGCAUCUCUGCAGAUGAAGGCGGCCUCUCGGACACAGAUGCUGAACAUUUUGAAAUCAGAAAUGAAACUGUACCGGUUGCAGCAGAGGCACAGGAUGGACAAAGGACCAGCUCUGGCUCUGAUACAGAUAUAUACAGUUUCCAUUCAGCCACAGAACAAGAGGAUUUGCUUUCUGAUAUCCAGCAAGCUAUUAGACUGCAGCAGCAGCAGGGGGCAAUUAGCAUUGGAAGCGAGGACCUUGUCACCAAAACAAUGGGCCGACACAUGGCUAAUUCUCAAGCAGCCCCCUUAGAUUUUGAACGGUUUCUUUCAGUAGCUCCCUCUGACAAAGCGAGCAGCCCAGACGCUGAGGAGGCUUUUCCAGCAUUAUCUGAAAUUGCGGAAAACAUUCCAGUCUCCUGUGCAAAUGAAAGUGAGCUGAAAGAGGCGGUAAAUGGAACGGGCUCUCCUGGUAACGGCUUAUUUAAAACGCAAGAACGUAAGCUAUUGAUCGAGGAACAGGAACAGCUUACUGCCGGAGUGGAUGCUGUAGCUGCUGAACUAAAAAGUGAUUUAAAUGGAACUGCAGUAGAAAACGGGUCUCAGAUAGACAGCUCCGCACUCCGUUUUCCAACCUCAGUAACAGAUUCUGAGACUAAAAUUAGUGAUGUGCAGGCUGCUGAUUUUCAAGGUUCAGUAACAGAGGAUGGUACUUCAGAUGCAGGCCACAAUCAUGCAGCUGAGACUCAGGAAGAUAAACACACUCUAUCAGCCAAUCAAGACGACCUGCCUAAUGGUUUAUCUACUGAAACGAAAAAUGGCAUUUUGUCCUCUGAGGGGACAGCAGGCAGUCCGGUGCUUGGUUCCCGAUGCUUUAAGCCGUAUCUAAUUAAUCCUUGUUACAUCAAAACCACAACUAGGCAACUGAGUUCUCCCAACCAUUCACCUUCUCCCUCCCCAUCCCAGAGCCCACUUUUUACAAGGAGGCAGGAGUCCUUCCACAAAAAAGAAAAAGGCUCAAUCAAGAAGCAGAGGUCUGCUAGUUUGGCUGGUUUAUUUAGUCGUUCAGCAGACUGGACUGAUGAGAUAUCUGAUCACAAAUGUGAGAUAACGCAGAAGGUGGGCUCUGCAGGCUACUUGGAGCACAAGGGGUUCAGAGAGAAAUUUCAGUUGGAAAGAGUGCCUUUGACUCAUUCAAGAAAGUCCUCAGGGGUGCAGGCUUCUACGGAGACAUUUCCCAAUGUCUUUUCAGGGCGAACUCUGCUGGAAAAGCUGUUCAGCCAGCAGGAGAAUGCACCACAAGAAGAAGCAGAAAAACUUUGUUCUCGUAUUAUUGCAAUGGGUCUUUUACUUCCAUUCACCGAUUGCUUCAGAGAGCCAUGUAAUCAGAGUGCCCAACAAAGCACACCCACAUUUGACCAAGACCAGCUUUAUACUUGGGCUGCAGUUAGCCAACCCACACAUUCAUCAGAUUACAUUGAAGGAAGCUUUCCAAGGAGAAUUCCAUCUGUGUGGCCCCCACCCAAACCUCCAGAUGAGGAAAAAAGACUCAAAAGUACGGAAGCAGAGUUGAAAUCUACAAUCCUAGAAGGAGAGAAACAAUGUGUAGAUGAUGUCCAGCGGCUACAGGAUGAUUUUGAGGUUAAAUCUGAGGAGCAUGCCAAUGUCAUCCAACAGCUUGAGCAAACUAUUGAGGAUCUGAGGACCAAAAUUGCAGAACUAGAGAAACAAUUCCCUGCUACAGAAGUACAGAUCGCAGCGAGGGAACAGGAAAAUGAGCACAGACACUCGGUCUGCAAGGAACUCAGUAUUGUGACUCUUCAAACAAACAGAGAGGAGGUUGUAUUCAGAACUGUGUCACAAGCAAGGUCUGUACAAACAUCACCAACAGAAGAUUAUUUAACACACACAAUGCCUUCAGCCAAUGCACUGCCACAGCCACCCUCACCACCAUGCUUGGAAGGGGGCAAAAGUGAAGGGCCGACUCAGCAAUUGCCAACUCUGGAACUACAGCCCACGUUUUGUUCUGAAAUCUCCUUAAUUUUGUCACCGAAACUAAUCUCAGUGCCGCUGGAUGCAAGCCAGUCGGUACAAAGUACACCACAGUCACCUCUUCCAGAACCCAAAGUUAAUUUGUCCCUUGCAUUUGAAGGAGAGACUGGAUUGCCAGCUCCCCAGCAGCCUCUAAGUAUUGGCAAUGUGACUUGUAUUGAAUGUUCCCUGUCUGUGCCACCAGAACCCUCUUACUGCAUUCUCCCAUCACUUCCAGCCCCCAGCCUGGCUCCACUUGCACCCUUGCCUGGAGGACCACCCCCACCACCCCUGCCCAGUUCAGGACUCCCUCCAGCAGUGCCACACCUAGACCAUUCUUUGCCCAGCAUCCUGAUGCCUCCUCCUCCACCUUCGCCAGGUAUCCCACCCCCACCACCACCUUUACCUGGGGCCAGUGUCCCUCCGCCACUUCCCCCUUUACCUGGCCUGGGAGUGCCACCCCCACCCACAGCACUACCUCUGCCUGGAGCAGGAGUGCCACCAGUUCUCCAGCCUGUACCUGGAGAGGGCAUUCCCCCCUCUCUCCCUCCUCCUCCACCCCCCCUGCCUGGUGCCGGUGUCCCCCUUCCUCCUCCACCACCCCCCCUGCCUGGUGCCGGUGUCCCCCUUCCUCCUCCACCACCCCCUCUGCCUGGUGCCGGUGUCCCCCUUCCUCCUCCACCACCCCCCCUGCCUGGUGCCGGUGUCCCCCUUCCUCCUCCACCACCCCCCCUGCCUGGUGCCGGUGUCCCCCUUCCUCCUCCACCACCCCCUCUGCCUGGUGCCGGUGUCCCCCUUCCUCCUCCACCACCCCCCCUGCCUGGUGCCGGUGUCCCCCUUCCUCCUCCACCACCCCCCCUGCCUGGUGCCGGUGUCCCCCUUCCUCCUCCACCACCCCCCCUGCCUGGUGCCGGUGUCCCCCUUCCUCCUCCACCACCUCUGCCUGGCCUGGGAAUGCCACCAUCAGUCCCACCGCCUUUGCCUGGAGCUGCACCACCCCCUCCAUCACUAGCUCAGAGUAGCACCUAUCCAGCAGUCCCACAAGUCUGUGGGUUUCUUCCUCCUCCAUUACCAUCUGGUUUAUUUGCGAUGGGGAUCAAUCAGGAGAAAGGGAGCAGGAAACAUGUGAUAGAGCCUUCUCGACCAAUGAAACCUCUUUAUUGGACAAGAAUUCAGCUCCACAGUAAAAGAGAUUCUAGUGCUUCACUUGUGUGGGAAAAAAUUGAAGAACCUUCCAUAGAUUAUCAUGAAUUUGAAGAACUGUUUUCUAAAACAGCUGUUAAAGAGAGGAAGAAACCCAUUUCGGACACCAUAACAAAAACAAAGACUAAACAAGUUGUCAAGUUGUUAAGUAACAAAAGAUCUCAAGCUGUUGGAAUAUUAAUGUCUAGUCUUCAUUUAGACAUGAGGGACAUUCAACAUGCGGUUGUGAACUUGGACAACUCCGUGGUUGACCUAGAGACCCUUCAAGCCCUCUAUGAGAAUAGAGCACAGUCAGAUGAAUUAGAAAAAAUAGAAAAGCAUAGCAAGACAUCUAAGGAAAAAGAAAAUGCCAAGUCUUUGGAUAAGCCUGAACAGUUCCUCUAUGAACUCUCACUAAUUCCCAACUUUUCCGAACGCGUAUUUUGCAUCCUGUUCCAAUCAACAUUUUCAGAAAGCAUUUGUUCUAUUCGUCGCAAACUUGAAUUGUUACAGAAACUGUGUGAGACACUGAAAAAUGGGUCAGGAGUUAUGCAGGUCCUCGGUUUGGUUCUUGCCUUUGGAAAUUAUAUGAAUGGUGGAAACAGGACGCGAGGACAGGCAGAUGGGUUUGGACUAGAUAUCUUGCCAAAACUGAAAGAUGUCAAGAGCAGCGACAACAGCAGGAGUCUUCUAUCUUACAUUGUCUCAUACUAUUUGCGUAAUUUUGAUGAGGAUGCUGGAAAAGAGCAAUGCAUCUUUCCUCUUCCAGAGCCACAAGAUCUCUUCCAGGCUUCUCAAAUGAAGUUUGAAGAUUUUCAAAAAGAUCUUCGCAAAAUGAAGAAAGAUUUGCGAGUUUGUGAGACAGAAGCAGCAAAGGUUUAUCAGCUAUCACUAGAAGAGCACCUCCAGCCUUUCAAAGACAGCAUGGAGCAAUUCAUUAGUCAAGCUAAAAUAGACCAAGAAAAUGAAGAGAAAUCACUGACAGAAGCACAUAAAAGCUUUUUGGAAACUGCAGCCUAUUUCUGUAUGAAACCAAAAAUGGGAGAGAAAGAGGUGUCCCCACAUUCUUUCUUCAGUAUUUGGCAUGAAUUCAGCUCUGACUUCAAAGAGUUCUGGAAGAAGGAAAACAAACUUAUUCUGCAAGAAAGAGUUAAAGAAGCAGAGGAAGUCUGCAGGCAGAAAAAGGGGAAAUCACUUUACAAUAUAAGACCAAAACAUGACUCUGGAAUUAAAGCAAAGAUAAGUAUGAAAAUUUGA